AUUUCUCGCUUUUCCUCCCCUGCUCUCCCUUCCCCGCUCCCAUUCCUUCCCCUCCCGUCUGCCCCGCACCCCACGUGAAGCGGAAUGUAAAGGGGGGUGUGAGACUAGCGGGGAAAGUGAAUGGCGGAGGACUGAAGGGGUCCCCCCUUCUGCUCCUCGGUCGCCCUGUUCACCCUCGUUCAUCCUCCCUUCCUGAAGCUCGCCCUCGAAGGCAGCAGCAGCCGGCGCCUUAGGCUGAAGAGGAGGACUCGCGCCGGGCGGAGCGUCAGAUUCAGUUUUCCUCUCCGGCGUCUCGAAUACAAAGAUUACGGUGCAGAAGGAAAUUGCACUCGCCUCCUCCUCCUCCCGGUACCCAACACAAUGCACCAGCCGCCUGAGUCCACCGCCGCGGCGGCCGCCGCCGCCGCUGCAGACAUUAGUGUUAGGAAGAUGGCGCACCCGACUAUGUUCCCUCGAAGGGGCAGCGGUAGUGGCAGCGCCUCGGCUCUCAGUGCAGCAGGUACCGGUGUUGGUAGUGCUCCCACAUCUGAAGAUUUUCUGCCUCCGUCUCUGCUCCAGCCGGCGUCGUCUGCAGCAUCUUCCACGACCGGACCACAGCCUCCACCUCCACAAAGCCUGAACCUCCUUUCGCAGGCUCAGCUGCAGGCACAGCCCCUUGCACCAGGCGGAACUCAGAUGAAAAAGAAAAGUGGCUUCCAGAUAACUAGUGUUACUCCAGCUCAGAUAUCUGCCAGUAUCAGCUCUAACAAUAGUAUAGCAGAGGACACCGAGAGCUAUGAUGAUCUGGAUGAAUCUCACACAGAAGAUCUCUCUUCUUCUGAGAUCCUUGAUGUGUCACUAUCCAGGGCUACUGACCUAGGGGAGCCUGAGCGCAGCUCCUCAGAGGAGACUCUGAAUAACUUCCAGGAAGCAGAGACGCCUGGGGCAGUUUCUCCCAACCAGCCUCACCUUCCUCAACCCCAUUUGCCUCACCUUCCACAACAGAAUGUUGUGAUCAAUGGGAAUGCUCAUCCACACCACCUGCAUCAUCACCAUCAUAUCCAUCAUGGGCACCACCUUCACCAUGGGCACCACCAUCCAUCCCAUGCUGCUGUGGCUAGUGCCUCCAUUCCUGGAGUGCCACCUGCAAGCCCAGUAUCCAGAAAACUGUCUACAUCUGGAAGCUCUGAGGGUGUUAUGCCAGUGACACCAACUUCUGCUGUAUCAUUGAGUGGCUCACCUGCAUCUGUAAUGACUAAUAUCCGGGCUGCAAGUACUACAGGCAGUGUAGGUAUAAAUUCUGGUACUGGCACUAGUACAAUAAAUAAUGUUAAUGUUGCUUCUGUGGGUAGUUUCAGUCCUAAUGUGACAACCAGCAUGCUUAGUAAUGCUAACAUAAAUACAAGCAAUAUUCCUAGUGCUGCUACUGUAAGUGUUGGGCCUGGAGCUACCAGUAUUGUUAAUAUGAAUAUCUUGAGUGGUAUGGGCAAUGGUACUGUUUCUUCUGUUAACAGUGUCCCUAAUGCAGCUGCAGGGACGAAUGUGGGAUUGGUUUCAAGUCAGCAACAACCAACAGUUAGCACAUCAAGGUUCAGAGUUGUGAAGUUAGAUUCUACUUCUGAACCCUUUAAAAAAGGUAGAUGGACUUGCACUGAGUUCUAUGAAAAAGAAAAUGCUGUAUCUGCUACAGAAGGUGUGGUGACAAAUAAAGUGGUGGAGACUGUAAAACAAAAUCCGACAGAAGUGACUUCUGAGAGAGAGAGCACUAGUGGGAGUUCAGUGAGCAGCAGUGUCAGCACACUGAGUCACUACACAGAGAGUGUGGGAAGUGGAGAGAUGGGAGUCCCCACUGUGGUGCAGCAGCAGCCACCAGCUCUUCAAGGUGUGGCCCUUCAACAGAUGGAUUUCAGUAGCAGUGGUCCACAGAGUAUUUUAACAGUUAGUAUACCACAGAGUAUUUCUCAGUCACAGAUGUCACAAGUACAUGUACAGUCUCAAGAACUAGGAUAUCAGCAAAAACAAGGUCUUCAACCAGUACCUCUGCAAGCCACUGUAAAUGCUGCAACUGGUAUCCAGCCAUCACCUAUAAAUGUAGUUGGUGUAACUUCAGCUUUAGGUCAGCAGCCUUCCAUUGCUAGUUUGGCCCAACCCCAACUGCCAUAUUCACAGACAGCUCCUCCAGUGCAAGCUCCCCUUCCAGGGGCACCACCCCAGCAGUUACAAUAUGGACAACAGCAACCAAUGGUUUCUACACAAUUGGCCCCAGGCCAUGGUCAAUCAGUGACUCAAAAUCCUACUUCAGAGUAUGUACAGCAGCAGUCACUUCUGCAAACAGCAAUGUCCUCUGGGCAUUCCAGUUCUGCAGGAGUGGGAACAGGAACAGCGGUGAUUCCUGUGGCUCAGCCACAGGGGAUCCAGCUACCAGCGCAGUCCACAGCAGUUCAACCACAACCUGCAGGAACAUCUGGCCACCUUGUUGGCCAGGCUCAAACAGCAGUGUCUGCUGCACCUAUUGGUCAAAUUGCAACUAUUGGUCAACAGGCAAACAUACCUACUGCAGUGCAGCAGUCUUCUACUCAAGCUACACCUUCAGUUAUUCAGCAAGGUGCUCCUCCAUCUUCACAAGUAGUUCCACCUGCUCAAACUGGGAUUAUUCAUCAGGGAGUUCAAACUAGCACUUCAAGCCUUCCUCCACAGUUGGUUAUUGCACCCCAGAGUACCUUGUUAACUGUGCCUCCCCAGCCACAAGGAGUAGAACCAGUAGUUCAAGGAGUUGUUUCGCAGCAGUUGCCCACAGUUAGUCCUUUACCCUCUGCUAGUAGUAUUCCUGUUACAAACCAGGUUAGUUCAACUGGUCCUUCUGGAAUGCCUUCUGCCCCAACAAACUUGGUUCCACCACAGAAUAUAGCACAACCCCCUGCCACUCAAAAUGGUAAUUUGAUUCAAAGUGUUAGUCAACCUCCCUUGAUAGCAACUAAUAUAAAUUUGCCAUUGGCACAACAGUUACCACUAAGUUCUGCUCAGUUCUCUGCACAAUCAUUAGCUCAGGCAAUUGGAAGCCAAAUUGACGAUGCCAGGCGCACAGUGGAACCCUCCUUAGUUGGCUUACCUCAGACUACCAGUGGUGACAGUGGGGGAAUGUCAGCAGUUUCAGAUGGGAGUAGCAGCAGCCUAGCAGCCUCUGCUUCUCUUUUCCCGUUGAAGGUGCUACCGCUGACAACACCCUUGGUGGAUGGCGAGGAUGAGAGUGCUUCUCUCCUACCAGAGGUGCAAGGAGUGAUCCUAGAACCACAGAUACAGCCAAGACCACGGAGAGCUUUUGACGUCAGGGGUCCACUUUCUCCACUGAACCCUUGGAGACAGAAUAUCCAGCUUCUGGAGAGAGAGGGAAAGGAUAAUAAACAAAUUUCUUUCAACUGGUAAUACAUCAUACUUCUUCAGCAAAAGGAAUUCUUCUAGCAGAGCCUUCAUGGAUGAUAUCUGUCACAUAUGCCAGCAUCUGCAGUUUGGAAGGCAGUGGUGAAUGGAUCCAUGCAAUAUGUGUAGAAGACUCAAGGAUGAGCCAGCCACCUGAUCUUGUUAUUUAUAAACUUCUAAGAUUUACUCUUGGUCUGAAAAUGGAAAGGCUCAAAUAAUGAAAUAAUCUUUUCAAAUUGGAAUUUUACAUGGCCAUGAAAACAUUCCUUUCUAUUCAGAAGACUGAAAUAGAGGAAGCUUGAGAGACUCCUUUCUUUUAAAGCAGCUCUCUGUAUCUGUUUCACUUAAAAGAUUUGUGGGACUGAAAAAUCAACUUAAUAAAGUAGUAGGUAAACUUUU